CAGGUGGGAGCUGCGGAUGAUGUUGCCAUACCCACCAAAAAACAGCCACAAUCAGCCGAUCCUCCACUGGAUUUCACCACACCACAGAGCCUCUUUGAAAGUUUUAUUGCCCCGGUGAGCAGAGAUGAAUUCUUCAGCACCUACUGGGAGAAGAAGCCACUGUUAAUCCAGCGCAGUGACCCCAAUAUGCAGAGUUACUACCAGUCUCUCUUCCCAUUGCAAGACUUGAAACAUGCCAGCGGGCAAGGGAUCUACUACAGCAGAGAUGUGAACCUGUGCAAGUGUAAGGAUGGCAAGAAGGUACUUUUAUCUAGACGGGGAAAAGCCAACUACACCGAGAUCAUGAAGGAUUUCCGAAAUGCCAAAGCCACAAUACAGUUUCAUCAGCCCCAAAGAUACAAUGACAAGCUGUGGCAGAUUAUGGAGAAGCUGGAAUGUUUCUUUGGUACACUAGUUGGAUGUAAUGUGUACAUCACACCAUCAGAUUCUCAGGGCCUGCCCGCUCACCAUGAUGAUGUAGAGGUCUUUAUCCUUCAGGUGGAGGGUGAGAAGCACUGGCGGCUCUAUGAACCCAUCAUUCCCCUGGCUAGAGGGUAUGAUGUGGCCCCUGUGGAUAAAGUCAUAACACCCACUCAUGACUUCAUAUUGAAGGAAGGUGACAUGUUGUAUUUUCCACGAGGGGUGGUUUCAUGAGGCUGACACACCGGCAGGCUCCUCACACUCCACACAUGUGACUAUCAGCACCUAUCAGAACACCUCCUGGGCAGACUAUCUGCAGGACCUGAUGCCUGCACUCCUACAUGAUUCAGCGAAGGAAAAAGUGGACCUGAGAAAAGGCAUUCCUCUCCAACAAUUACUGUGUUUAGGUCCUACCAAUGCAGGAAGCACCUUGGCUGGUCUUUUGAAGGACUUGGCUAACCGAAUAGAAGGUGGAUGCCAGCUGCGUUCAUGUGAAAUGCUGCGGGACUUCAUGGGGAAUAGACUUCCACCCUAUAUGAAGGACAGCCCUCCUCUUAACAAGGAGAAAGGAAGCACUAUGAAAUCAGUCAGUCCUCCAAACCUAAACAGCACAAUCAGACUGCAGUACCAGGAUUAUGCCGCCAUCACAGUAGAUCAAGCUCCAAAGAUGCUUGAUCCCACAGAUGAAUUGGUGAUAUAUGUCUUCCACGCCUUAAACAAUAAUCGGAAAUCUCAUAUGGUCUCAGACACUGAAGAAAGAUCUCCUGUGAGCGGUCUGCGUUUCCCUUUGUCAUACAUGAAUGCACUGAAAGCAAUCUGGGAGAAGAAGCUACUGCUUGUUAAAGACCUACCUCUGGAGGGUGACCAUGACAAGGUGAACCUGGCUAUCUCUCUGUGGACAGAGGGCUUAAUUGAGAAUGUCCACACUGAGGGCUGA